UUCGUGAUGGUGGCUGCGCCUAUGGCCGGACACUUGUAGCGUCCACUAUGUACUUGUCUUUUUCGUCAGUCUAAGAGCCUUGCUUAUACAUAUGUCAUAAGUGCAUAUUCAGAAGUGCAUUGAGCGAUUUAUUCCUGGCGAAGACACGCGGCUCUGUAAGUAGGAGUUGCCGAUGGUCACUUGGCUCACUUGGAAGUGGGCAUGACCUACAUCGCGUUAUAGUUGCUCUCGUGAUUUGAGACUCGAAAGACUUGCGUGUGUGACGUGUUAAAGUUAAAGUCGGCAAUGGCGCUGGUUAAUAUGCCGUUGCCGCGACUGCCCCUGGCGUUAGCGCGGCAUCAGGAGGCGCUACCGCUUGCGCCUCACCGCCCUGCUCCGCCGCCCACAGUGCCGCCGACGGUUAUCAGUCUGAAGCAGAUGUGCAGUAAGUACUGGCUGGAGCGUGUGCAAUAUGCGCUGCGGCGGGACAUGCCGAAGCCGCAGGUGUUUCGCGUCCAGAGGUUCCUGGAGGACUUGCCCCGCGACCUCCGCACCAUCAUGAUCCACAACGCCCUCAAAGCAGGCGGCCUCCACCUGCAGCAUGGCAGCAGAGAACUGGCACAGAUAAACCGCGCCCUUGUCCUGCUCACGCCGGAGAUCGUUGUGUAUGAGCCAGUGUACGUGUCCAUCCCUCGCCCGGGCGCCGAUGGAGUGGACUGGCCACUCGACAUCGAGUUGCUGCUUUACAACGGCGACGGUCUCAUGCACUUGGUGCUGACGAUGCCCCCGGCUCUCACGGACGCCGUUCGCCGAGUCUUCACCGACCUCUGCCGCACCUGCAAAAAGCUACGCCGCGUGAGAAUCAUCAACGCCAACGACGACGCCAUCACCAUCUUGACCCGGCACUGCCGAUUUGUGACGCACCUCGACGUCUCGGGCUCAGCGGGCGUGACGGACGAGGGCCUCAACCGAAUCAUCGUCAACGUGCUCUGGGGCGAGGGUGAGAACAGCGAGGUAAGGCUACGUCACGUGGACGUCGGGGGCACCAGCGUGACGCAAGAGGGCGUCUGCAACAUCCUGACGCGCCUCCCGAGUCUCAUUAGCCUGGGCUCCAUGGACUCCAUCGAGGCCCUGAAAAUGCUUGACGAGCUAAGCGACGGAACGACUGUGACAGCUCUGGAGGAGGUGAACGCCCGCAGUGUGACGGUGGGGACGCUGCAGCUCCUCCGUCGGAUGUGCCCCAAUCUAACCACCAUUAACGCAACGCUCAACUGCGGCGGUGUGACGCUGAACGACCUGCGGCUCCUGCCCGGGCUGCAGCACCUGCGGCUGACUGUGAGGGAGCCUUUCUUGCUCACUCCUGCGGCCUUGUACGAGUUCGCAUGGUCGGUGGGCACCCAGUUAGUGACGCUCAGGAUCGAGGGCGAUGUGUACUGGGAAGCAGACCUAGGUGUCUUGGCCGGCAACUGCCCUCACCUGGAGGAGCUAGCGUUGCCUGCCGUCACGGUGCCUGCGAAAGAAUCUAUUACGGCUCUCACUAGUCCUGCAAGUAUCGCCUUGGCCAAACUCAAGGUGCUGGAGAUCGACUGCAUGACGGGCGUAGGGCCGAAGGCGUGGGCGAAGGACUUCACUCUGGUGCGGCAAGGACUGGUUGCGGCUCUCAGGAAGUGCCUGCAGCUGCGGCGCCUCGUGUGUCGACCCACGACGCUCGUGGAGAAUGACCUGCUGGACAUCCUGGCGAUAAAUCGAAUGCAUAAACUCGAGGUACUGGAGCUGUACAACUGCGUGCUUGGCCUGAGCACCGCGCGCCUCAUCGUGGACACAUGCGAAAACCUACACGUGAUGAAAGGCCUUCGCACGUGGCGUGGGCUGACCCUGCAAGACCUCGUAAUGCUCAGAAAACACACCCGAGGUCAUCGUCGAAUGGCUGAGCUGAAGAUUCUUCCUUGAGGCGAACCAGGAACCAGAUUUGGUUCUGAUACAAAAUAACGCGCGAGACUUGGCUAUUACGGUCCCGGACGCUUAUACGGUUCAGCCUUAAAGGUCAAAGAACGAGAGAGGAAUGACGUAACCACCACUCAGGCAUAUCUUCUUUGAAUUAAGAAAGAUAUAUAGAUAGUCUCUUAUUCACAUUAUUUUGAUUUAGAAUGCCAUUUUUCUUUACAUGUGAUGAAAACAAAACACUAGUCAGAUUUUGCUUAUUAGUUAAUAGGCAUAGUAUUUACAGUGCUGAAGUUUUGCUUAUGUUUUGAGUUAGUCUGAUCAUAAUAAUUUAUGCUGUUUAAUUUAUAUUACAGUAAAGUCUGAUGCUCAGACUCAUUUUGUUUUGGUUAAAGAUAACUAAACAUUUGUUUCCCAAAGAGUAUCAAUGCUAUGAAUGAUGCUAAAAUACUGUAGAAAAGAGAGAUACGGUGCAAGAGAGAGAGAGAGAGAGAGAGAGAGAGAGAGAGAGAGAGAGAGAGAGAGAGAGAGAGAGAGAGAGAGAGAGAGAGAGAGAGAGAGAGAUAAAACGUUAACAUUGAAUCAAACAGUGCAGAAUUCCAAGAAAAUUAACAACAGUUUUAUUAGAAAACGU